AUGGCUACAAUUCUGGCCUUGGUCGCUGUUUUUAAGUACUGUGUAGUGUUUGUGUUGCCUACCUUUACUACGGUAAGAAUUUGAUAUUAUUGGAGUUUGAAAGGUUUUUGAAGUUGUUACGGUAAUAUUUGGGUAGAGCAUAUAGUGAUGACAAUAAAAAUUAGUGCUAUAUUUAAAACUUUAGGCUUAAUACAUAUUUUCGUCUAAAAAGUUGCCUUAGGCUUUAUAUUACGACUGAAAAGUUACUUCUAGGCUUAAUUACUCUACCUUCCAAUUUCAUACCCUACCUACCUUUUACUUUACAAUUUCAGUUCAAUCUCCUUAGCUUAGUACUAAACAACCAUGAAAACGUUAAGGACAGUGCUAUGGACAAGCUGUUUACUCAGUAUACCAACUUACAUUUUUGUGUUUGUGCUUCAUUUGUAGCUAUCUUGUCUUACAUGGCUUUUAAGACUGUGGAUUAUUGUAUUCCGCAGGUAAGGUAUCUUUUAUUAUCUGAUAAUCUAUUAUACAUGUUCAGAUAUAGCAUUGAUUAAAAAACUAAGGAUAUAAGUUAUCUUUACCUGAUUUACUUUUUUGGUAUUUUAUAACUAAGCUUAGCUCUAUAACGCAGCCUAGACCUAGUUAAUAUUGACCUAACAGUUUAGAGGAAUGUACUACAAUAUGUUUUAUUAUGUUUUUAGGCCCAUGAAGAAGUGAAUUGCUACAAAAUAGGAUCUUCAAGCAAAUACCAAACAACAUUCAACUUGCUAUUACAUAUUGAGCUGUUCUACUUUGGUAUUUCCUUUGGGUUCUUGUUUUUGGUAAGUUAUGUUAUUAACAUACCUUUUUCUGCCUUACCCUACCCUACCCUACAUUAUCCUACCCUACCCUACCUUUCCCUAGUUUACCCUGUCCUACCCUAUUCUUCCUUACCUUGAUCAUAGUCGAAACAGCAUCUUAAUAUCUAAUUUUCAAAAAAAGAGAGGGGGGGGGGGUUUAAAAAAAACUUGAGAAGGCUUUUCCGACAACAUAUAGAGUAUUUUAUUGUCGAUAUGAUCAUUUUAGUUUGUCACAUUUGGCCAAAAUGUAUACGGUAACACUCCACAUUACUUACUGUUCUUUGCUCUCUUUACUGUGGUAAAUUUACUACUGAUUAUCUUGUUAUACGAGCUGGAGAUCACCAAAAGCUAUAACUUUAUCAUCUACUUGGAUUUCUUGCUUAUCUUCAACAACUUUUUAUCAAAUUCGUAAGUUUUUCGUUUUUAAGUUUCACAUUUUUUUCAUUUUAAAACUUCAAGAAAAAUCUGUUAUUUUUAAAAUUGACGUUAAGUGUAAAUCUCGUAUUUUACAGCUUGUUAUUAUGGACAGCAAAUCACGUGAUUCACGUUGAUGGAACGGCCACAUUCCUGACUAUUCUUGGGCUGAGCUCACUGAAUAAGUAUUUUAUCAGCGAAUUGUUAAAUUCAUUCUUUUAUCAACCCAAAAUGGCACGGGUUUCAGUGGUUUCCGAGGAAUUACUGCGAGUUUAAACGACUGGUAAGAGUCACUAAAUCAAAACUAAAAAAAAAAUUCUCCUUUUUUACCCUACCCUAGCUAAAAUUGUAAAAAAAAUGAAAAAAGUAAAGAAACCUACCCUAUCCUACCUAUUUUUCCCUACCAUGGCAAAAACAGCAAUGAAUUCUCAUCUGUCCAGCCAUCAGCCGAACGUUCCAAAAUUUCAAUUCCCAGCCACAGAUUUACCGAGCUGGUUAUUUCACUAACCUUAAAUUUAGGUUUUAUACCUGACUCCAUACCUAAAGGAACAGAGGUGUUAAAACAGUCAACUGCGUUUUGAUUGGGUUCCCACGCAAAAAGUAGAGAAAGCCGAUUUUCUUUGUUUCGCGACGCUCUCUUCUUUUCGCACUCUCUCUUUUCGACUGGAAAAUCAAGUCGCGUUACCAUACACUAACAUACCUUGUUCUGCCUUACCCUACCCUACAUUAUCCUACCCUACCCUACCUUGCCCUAGUUUACCCUGUCCUACCCUAUUCUUCCUUACCUUGAUCUAUCCUGCCCUAUCUUGUGCUACCUUUUCUUACCCUACUGAAAGCCCUAAUGAUGACUAAUGCCAUAUCUUUUUAAACUAUAAAACAAACAAUUGAAAUAUGACCCUUACAAUAACACAAUAUCACGAAAUUUCGUUUCAGCCAAGCCAUUUCCUCACCACUACACAAUUUCCCAACACCUACACCACCAGAGAUCGACCGUGCCACAUGCCUGAAGUCGUGUUUCAUCAACAACUUCCUCUCGCCUCUCGAAUGUCUCACCGAUGACGGAUGGGCGGCGGUAAGUGUAACUUUACACAAAACUGUCGAUUGAUCUUGAUGCGAUUCCCAUUCGUGCAGAAAGCUCCCGCCGCUCCUCGAAAUUCAUCCAAAUUGGGCAUUUUUUAAUUGAAAUUCAGGUGGAACUAAUGCUUUAGGGUCUUUUGAUAUAGGUAUUGUAGUAUACCUAUAUAUAGGACAAUGGUGCUUUUCAUGUAGGUAUAGGAGUAUAAUAUUGGACAAUAUUUGUGGUUUGAAAGUUAUUGGGUUUUUAGGUAACAACUUUGAGAAGAUAGGUUUUUACAAUAUUUUUGUGAGCUUUAGGUAUCAAAAUCAAAAAAUUUGUAUUUUUAGGUAAGAAAUUAGAGGAAGUAAGGUUUUUUACAAAUAUUUUUGUGAGUUUAGGUAUUAAAUUCGGAAAUUUUAAAUUUUAGGUCACAAAAAAAAGAAAAAACUUGCUUUUUCUUAAAAUACUCGGCUAUAUUCGUAAUUUUAGGUAACAAAUUUAUAUUUUUUUCUUGAUUUUUUUUUGAUUUGUGGGUUUUAGGUAACAAAAUCAAAUUUUUUUUUAUUUUUAUGUAAUAAAUAUUAGAAAAAAUCGAUUUUUCCUUAUACUUUUCAAAUUUUUUGUUUUUAGGUAACAAUUUUUAAAUAAUAACGUGAAUUUUUUGAAAAUAUUUAUUAAUUUUAAUUUUUAAGUGUCAAAUUUUUUAAAUUUUGAUGUUUAGGUAUCAAAUUUUAAAGAAAAUGUAUUUUUUACGAAAAUAUUGGUUAUAUUAAAAAUUUUAGGUAACAAACCAAAAUUAUUUUGACUUCAGGCAUCAAGUUUUGAAAAAGUUAAUUUUUAGGUAACAAAUUAAGAAAAAAUACUUUUUGCUUUAGAAAUCGUGAACAAGUUUAGAAAAAAAAUAAACAAUAUAUAGUGUUUUUAGACUAUGAACUUCCAAAAAGGCAACGUGUCAGUUGAUACAUUACGCUUUCAUUCACGUAAAACUAACUUUGUCACCUCCAAAACAUGUGUAACUUUGUUUUACAGACGAAAAACAUUUUAAAUUUAAAGUUUUUGAGCUUUUUUUGAUUGAGUUUGAUUUUAAAUUGAAGAGAAUUAUAGAAAAAUGUGUUGAACCUUAGGUAAACUACUAUAAUACCGCCGUUUAUUGGAAUAAAGGCCUAAAAUUCAUUUAAACUGCUAUAAUACCGCUCUGUAUUGACUUAAAUUUGUUAGAUCACGUUCAACAAAAAAUAAUUCUGUGCCCCUUAACCUCAAUGAAAUGAUUUGCUUUGAGAGGGGCACAGAAUAAUGUGAACAAACUAAUGUUUUGUUAUAAACUUGCUGUUUUCAGGUCCUACAUCUACCUGCAUCAACAUAA